UGACGGCGGUGUGCGACGCCCUCUCAGUGGGCUCCCGGGUUCGUAGCGGACCGCUGGCCUCCGGUGCGCCUUCUGGAAGUGGUUCCUGGAAAACAAAAAUUAAUUUUGUAAUCCUUCUGGACAAGGGCUGCUGCAAGGCUUGUACUUAUUUUGUAAAAGAUGGAGCGAGAUUCAGAAAAUGGAGAGCCCGCUGAGAUUAAGAUCAUCAAGGAAGCAUACGAGAAGGCCUUUUUGUUUGUUAAUAAAGGACUGAACACGGAUGAGUUGGGGCAAAAGGAGGAAGCAAAGAACUACUACAAGCAGGGAAUAGGACACCUGCUUAGGGGCAUCAGUAUCACGGCAGCGGAGCCAGGGUGCACAGGCCCUGCGUGGGAAUCAGCCAGACAGAUGCAACAGAAAAUGAGGGAAACACUUCAGAACGUCCGCACCAGGCUAGAGAUUCUAGAGAAGGGCCUUGCCACAUCUCUGCGGAAUGAUCUUCAGGAUGUGCCCAAGUUAUACCCAGAGUUCCCUCCUAAGGACACAUGCAAGACGUCCCCAGAGCCAGAUUCGGUUAGUUCAGCGCCCCAGCAUGCUGAAGUAGAUGGGAGUAUCUCUGUUGCAGGUGCCACAGGUGCUGCGCCCGGUGCUGCACCCUCUGCUGGGCCCUUACCUUCGCCCAGCUAUCCUGCCGAAGCACCCCCAGCCUACACGCCCCAAGCUGCCGAGGGUCACUACACUGUUUCCUAUGGGACAGACUCUGGGGAGUUUUCCUCCGUGGGAGAAGACUUCUACAGGAGCCGUUCCCAGCCGCCCCCUCUCGAGACCUUGGGGCUUGAUGCAGAUGAGCUGAUUUUGAUACCAAGCGGAGUGCAGAUCUUUUUUGUAAACCCUGCGGGAGAGGUUAGCGCUCCGUCAUACCCGGGGUACCUGCGCAUCGUGAGGUUCCUGGAUAAUUCUCUGGAUACGGUUCUGAACCGCCCUCCUGGGUUUCUCCAGGUGUGUGACUGGUUGUACCCUCUGGUUCCUGAUAGAUCACCAGUUCUGAAGUGCACAGUGGGAGCCUACAUGUUUCCAGACACCAUGUUACAAGCCGCGGGGUGCUUUGUAGGGGUAGUUCUGUCAUCUGAGCUCCCAGAAGAUGACAGGGAGCUGUUUGAGGAUCUGUUGAGGCAGAUGUCUGACCUUCGGCUACAGGCAAAUUGGAACAGAGCAGAAGGAGAAGAUGAAUUCCAAAUCCCCGGGAGAGCAAGAGACCCCUCUGAGCCACGGAAGGAAGCUUCUGGUGCCGAUGUCAGGCAGGCCGGUUCUUCAACAGACCAAGGCAGCAAGGAUGCUCGGCAUAAAGGAAAGCGUGGGAAAAAGACUAAAGAUUCUUCAGCUGAAGAAGUUAAUUUGAGUCAGAUUGUACCCUGUGAGCCAACUGCAGAAACAAAAUCGAAAGAACUACCAGAAUGGAGUGAGAAAGUGGCCCACAACAUUCUGUCAGGUGCGUCCUGGGUGAGCUGGGGCUUAGUCAAAGGUGCUGAAUUUACUGGAAAAGCAAUCCAAAAAGGUGCUUCUAAACUCCGAGAGCGCAUUCAACCUGAAGAAAAACCAGUGGAAGUGAGUCCAGCUGUCACCAAGGGCCUCUACAUAGCAAAGCAGGCAACUGGAGGAGCAGCAAAAGUCAGCCAGUUCCUAGUUGAUGGCGUCUGCACAGUAGCAAAUUGCGUUGGCAAAGAGCUUGCUCCACAUGUCAAGAAGCAUGGAAGCAAACUCGUUCCAGAGUCUCUCAAGAGAGACAAAGAUGGGAGAUCCACUCUCGAUGGUGCCAUGGUUGUAGCAGCAAGUAGUGUUCAAGGAUUUUCAACUGUCUGGCAGGGAUUGGAGUGUGCGGCUAAAUGCAUCGUCAACAAUGUGUCUGCAGAAACUGUACAAACCGUCAGAUACAAGUAUGGGCACAAUGCAGGAGAAGCUGCACAUGACGCAGUGGACUCUGCUAUCAACGUUGGCCUCACUGCCUACAAUAUUGACAACAUUGGCAUCAAAGCCAUGGUGAAGAAAACUGCAAAGCAGACGGGGCACACCCUCCUUGAGGACUAUCAGAUCAUUGACGGCUCUCAGAAGGAAGGCCAAGGAGGAGCAGCAAGCACAGAUGUGAGCAGAAACACAGAAGAACAGACGGAGGAAGAGAAGAAAGGGGCAAAGAGGAAAGAUAAAUAACAGGCAUUCUGGGAGUAAUCUACACCAAAGCCUUACCAGAUGGAAGAGUGUGGAGCAGCAGAUGUGGACUUUCUACACUGGAGCAGUGUUUUCUGUGUAUUCAUCCCUGCAAAAUGACUGUCAGAAGUUUGGGGCAUGUGUCCACUUACAAGAAAAAUAAUCAGUAUUCUUACAUCUGGCCUCUAGAAGUAUGCAGUUUAUAGUCUCAGUAAGUUUAUUUUCCCUUAAGUGUGGCUUAAAUAUUUUUGCAGUUAAAAUAAAGCUUAUAAUAUAUGUGACUAAAACCUAAUGUCAAUCUAUUUUUGUAUGUGCUAGCUUUCAGAAAGCAAGGCAGGAAACUAUACACACAAUUUCACAGCCACAUGAAUUCUGUUUAUGCUGGGAAAGAAUGGCUUCAUGUCAUCUCCUCUUUUUUUUUGCACUAAUUGUGGAUCUUUGAAUAGAUGCCCAACAGAAUUUUCAGCAUAUAAGCUAAAUAAACCAUGAUCUUAAAGCAUGUUCUCAGAUAACAUUUUAGAAGUCUUUCUUAUACAGGAAAGAGCCUGGCCAUGGAAGCGCCAUGCAUUUCUGUAAUGUUAUCUCUUAUUUGCUAGAUCUCGUGCCUACUAGGAACCAAAAUGGCCUUUUGAUUUAAACUGAAGAAAAUGUUUCUUAGAAUGAUUUUUAUUAAUUCUUUGAGAAUUUUGUACAUGGAUGAAAUGUGUUUUGAUUACAUUCUCCCCCUAACUCCUCCUGGGUCCACCUCUAUCCCUCCUCCCAACUUCAUGUUCUUAAGUUUUAAAUAACCCACUGAAUAAUCUAAUUUGUGCUGCCCAUAUGCUCAAGGGUGGGGGCCAUCCACUGGAGCAUGGUUCAUCUGCCAGGAACCAUACCCCUAAAGAAAACUGGCUGUCCCUCACCAGAAGCCAUUAACUGUCAAUAGCUCCUUAGUGAGGGCUGGGGGAUGAGACCAGGCCCAUGCUGGGAUGUUGACUGGUUUAUUUUGGGGAGGCAGUCUCCCUCUGCUGCUGUGAAUUUGCAAGUGCUGGGGUCCUGUCAUAUCCAGAAGAUGUCGGUUCAUCCAGUCUUCUGGACUUCUGACUUUUACAGUCUCUUCAGCUCCUCCCCCCCCCCAUGUACCCCAAGCCUGGAAGAGUGUGGUAUAGACUAGGAGAUUUUGAAGUAUGAUUGGCAUUCUAUUAAAAUUUGAAAUAAUUGUUAUUGGCUUUAAGAAAUCACUUUUCCAUUUCUGCUUCUGUAAGUUUUUUUCUAAACUUAUAGAAAGUAAAACAUAAACAUUGCAUUUAGUGGUAGUAAUAUAUUUUUACUCAGUCAUUGGAGUUUAUGCUAAAAGCCAGUAGGUGAUUUAAAAGGGAGGAACCUAUACCUAUCAAGGUAAAGAAUAUGGAAUCCUUUGGUGGAUAGCCCCCACUUCAGCAGAAGACAGGAUGGACAUUUUAUGAUUUUUUUUAAAGCUACAAAUAUGCAAUUAAGUACUCAAUGGCUAUUUUAAUUUUUUGUUGAUUUUUUUUAAAGGUUGACAUUGGUUUUUAUAGCUACAGUUUAUUGUAAUCAUUUCUGAACCUGUAAUUGGCUAGUUUAUAGAUUUCAUUUGAAAUUGGGUAAUGAAUGUGCUUUGAGAAUAAAAUGGUGUCUGAA